AUGCGUAACGAUUCGGAAAUAUUGUAUGAAAAUGACAAUGUGGAGCCAGAGUUUGAACCAACAUUUGAUGCCGGGGAUGUUAUUAAAUUGAAGCAUUCGUUUGGCUAUGACUGUAAGCGGCUGUACAACAUGGUCCUAAUCGAUGAGGAUACAUUGGUAUUUGCCUCAGGCACAUAUAUUCACUAUUUUAGCAUAUCAAGAAGAGAAGUAACAUUUCGUAAGUCAGUAUUCGGUUGUGGUAUUGGAUUUAUAACGAAAAACUAUCAUCCUGAUUAUCCCCAACUUCUGACAAUUGGUGAAAAUGGACCUGACGCAACAGUUUUCAUUUAUGAUUACCCGAACGAAGAACCACGCUUGAAAUUAGAAGGAGCUGCUAAACAACAAUUCACAUGCGGUUCGUACAAUCACAGCGGAGAACUAUUUGCAUCACAGGCAGGUUAUCCAGAUUUUAUGUUAACCAUUUGGAAAUGGCAAAAAGUCGAAGUUAUUCUACGAUCAAAGGCAUUUCAAAAUGAUGUCCUUCAUGUACAUUUCUCGCGUUUUAAUCCCAUUCUGUUGGUGACUUGUGGUCUGAGUCAUAUUAAGUUUUGGAAAAUGGCAAAUACAUUCACCGGCCUGAAGUUACAAGGCGACCUGGGUCGUUUUGGUAAAACCGACUUUAGUGAUAUCUAUGCCGUUUAUAUGUUACCCGAUGAAAAUGUUAUAUCGGGUUGUGAAUGGGGUAAUAUGCUGUUAUGGGAAGCUGGUCUGAUAAAGUUUGAAAUAUGUCGUAAAGGUCGUCGACCAUGUCAUAGUAAACCCAUUGUAAGGAUUACCAUGGAUAAUGGUGAAGUUACCACUGUGGGUAUGGAUGGUUAUGUUCGCAUUUGGUUUUGGGAAACUGUUGAUUUAGCCGAUCCACCGGAUGAUGAUCGUUUUGUGGAAAUAGAACCGAUUUUUGAAUUCUAUGUUGGCGAAUGUGAAAUAAGAAUGGUGCAGAAGAUAAAACUUUUUGAUGAGAAUGAUUUUGGUUACUAUGUUUUGGAUGGUGGCGGUGGAAUUUGGUAUUGUGAUCUAAAUACCCGCGAUAUACCCAAUGAAUCGUAUAAACUUUAUUCGUGCCAUGGUGGUCAGGUAAUUGCAGCUCAAACCAGUCCGGUGUCACCACACUUAAUGACAUUAGGUCAAGAUGGACGAAUUUUGGUCUACGACUAUGAAAACGAAAAAGUUAUUUUGGAAAAACAAUACUCAGCUGUUGGUACAGAUCUUUUGUGGUUUGGCCCGAAGGUAUCGGAUUCCUGUAUGGAAUUGGUUGCAUGUUUUGAAGAUGGCAUACUACGACAAAUCUAUUUAGAUUUAACACAACCACAAAAACCCAACAUAUAUUUGAUACGUCCAAUAAAGUCGCAUACGGCUCCCAUAACUAGGAUUACAAUAAAUCCCUUGAAUACCAUGCUGAUUACUGGAAGUGCAGAUCGUUCGAUUUUCUUAUAUAAUGUAAGAGAAAAGAGGGAUGCCUACAUUUGGUUGCAACCAAUGGGCUUUAUACAAUUUGAAGCAAUUCCAAAUUGUUUUUACUGGAAGAAUGAAGAGAGUACGAUUCUAAUUGGUUGUAAAAGUGGUGAAGUUUAUGAAUACCAGCUGCCUUUGGAUGUCGACGAGCAACAAGUAUUUCUCAGUUAUAAUCUAACGGAUAAGAAUGCCAUGAAAUGUGGCAAGUUUGUAUCGGUAAAGAGUCAGAUUAGAAGGGAAUUGCGCAGAGAAGAAAUUAAACGUCGUAAAGAGAAAAAGAGGCAACGUAAAUUGGAUGAUAUUGAACGGCUAAAGGCUGCUAAUCCGGGAUUGCAAAUUGAUAUGGAGGCUGCGUUGGCUGAUUCUGAGCCCGAAGAGGAAGAAGAACCUCUACAUAUACCCGCCAUACCCAACCCAAUAUUAUGGCUUAGGACAACACCAAACGAUACUAUAUGGGUUUCAAUGGGUGGUUAUGAUGCCGGUUAUAUAUACGAAUUAACCAUGGAUGCAGCCACAAAUCCGAUACGUUCAACAAUUAUCAAAGAUGGUGAUGACAUUGAAAUACAUUCAUUAUUAGAUAUAGAUCAAUAUUUAAUUUUCGGUAUGGUAAACGGCAAGAUACGCAUACAACACACAAAUCCGGACAAUUUCACCGAUCUUCGUAAUUAUCAUACGGUCAAUAUGCAUGAUCCGCUCAAUGGCAAAAUAUCGCGUUUAUUGCUUAGCCAUGAUGGUCGUUACAUUUUCAGUGUUGGUUAUGACGGCAAUGUUUUCGUUUAUCAUUGGCUUGGACCCAAAAUAGAAAUAGAAAAGAAAUCUGUACUAUUUAUGCCUCGAAAAAUUAUACCCUCUGAAGAUAUACUCGAUCCGGAAUAUCCCUCAUUGGAGCAAGAGAAAAUUUAUGCCGAAAUAAAACGUCAAGAAGAAGCAGCUGCCGCUCAUGAGCGAAAAGUUUUGAAUUAUAUUUUAGAUUUACAAGAGAAAUUCAAUCAUUUUAUGGAAGAAAAUUUGAAGUUUGAUGAAGAUAUUCGCAUCGGACAUCGUGAUUUACUGUUGGAUGAGCGUAUUACGAAUCAAAUUCGUGAUGAAUUACAAGCCGAGCUCGAUGAUGUACGUGACGAUUUGGCAUAUGAUUUGGAAGUGGCCCAGGUUGGCAAGCGGAAAUUAUAUGAUUAUUUUAUUAGGAAAUUGGAUCAUAUACCGAUCAAGAUAACUGGAAUUGGAUCCGAUGACGUUUUAUAUUCAUUUCGGUUGGAGAGAUUAGAUGAUAAUUUUGAAGCAAUUAAAGCUGAUAUUGAAGAACGAUUAAGAUUGGAAGCCUUAAAAAGAAUUCGUGCCCAAAUGACAUUGGCCGAAGAUAAAGCCGACAGUAUGCCAGAACCACCUUAUGAAACGUUUUUCUUUGGUCGUGAUCCCAAUUCAAUACUGCCACGAUUUAGUCGAAAAAUGUUGCGACUUUUAAGAGGUUAUCGUUCCCGUCAGCUGUAUCAGGUAGAGCGUAGCUUCAAUUGGGAGAAAAUGUGGAAACACAAACCCGAUCCAAAUAAAAAUCAUCCUGAUGAUGAUCGUAAAAUACAAGAGGCUGAACAAAACAUUGGGGAUUAUAAGUUGAAAACUGGUUCCGAGUAUGAACCACAACCGCAUGAAACCUUAACCUAUAAAUAUAAGGAAAUAGUAAAACUGCGUGAAAAAUUAAAUGAACUUGUGGAAAAUUUUAAUCAGCGUGUUUUUCAAUUGCGCGAUGUCAAGAAGGACUUAUACCAGCUUAUUGAGGAGAAGAGUAAACGUUUGGAAGAAAUUCAUUCGCUCAUACCGGAAAAGAAUCGAAAGUUUCUAAUGGACAUACCGCCUCUUAAUAUGGACGAGGAAUGGCCGGAAUUGAAUUUAAUUGAACAUUGCCAACCAGGUUGUAAUAUUGACAUUCAAGAUAUUCUCUACAUGGAAAAUAAAGUAGAGGAUUUGUUACCCAAAGUACCGGAUCCAAAAGUUAAAGUUGAAAUCUCACACAAAUCAUUGCACGAAUUGGAGAAAUAUUUGGCUUUACAAAUUAAAGAAGUUGAUUGCUUCCCAAACGGCACAGAACUCAUAACGAAAUUACAACAAUUGCCCCACCAGUCGGAGGACACAUAUUAUAAGGCCACCGAAGAUGGUCAGCUGUCUCCAUGGUUAGUUGAAAUACGUUAUCGUUGGCUAUUGGAAUUACUUGUGGAACAAGAUGGCAUCAUACAUGAAGUUCACGAAAAAGUACGAACAUUCAACGCCCGUCUUCGUGAACUGGAAGAUCUACGACUUAAUGUCAAAUUUGAAGCAGAAUUUAUGCAAAGCUAUUUGAUUGGACUCAAUCAGGAACUCUAUAUUUUACGAGAUAGUGAACAAAUUGAAAAUGAAUUGCUUAGCAAUGCAGAGGCAGCCAUGCAGACCCGAAAUGCUGCCCAAACAUCCAUUAACGCAUUGAAUCGCCAAAUUGAUGAUUUGCGUAAAGCUUGUGAACGUUACAACGAACAGAUAUCAAUGACCCAGAUGAAAUUUCUAAGCACAACGAAGGGGCAUAAAUUCUUUGAUUUUUUACGACGCAUAUUCAAAAAGAAAUGGCGCCCAACUAAACCAGUAAAAGGGGGAGAUGAAUCAUCGGAAUCGUCUUCGGAUAGUGAGUCAUCCAGCGAAGAAGAAGAGGAUGACACAAAGAGUAUUGAUUCAACGGAUAUGACUGCUAUACGAUUGGACGAAUCACAUUGUCCGGCUGGCUUAGAGAGAAAUAUGUAUGAAAUGGCUUUCAAAAUGCGAAGUGAUCGCCAUGAAAUGGAACGAUCUCUAAGCGAAGCUAUGAAACUAAUCGAAUUGAAAAAAGAGGAAGUUAAAGAGGCCCUAAAGAAAAUGAAACAUCACGAAAAUGUAUAUAGACAGGAAAAUGAAAAAUUAUUGGAUUUUAGGCGCAAACGCCAACAAGAAUUAAAUAAAGUCCAUGUGGCGGUCAUUCUGCAUAUGCAUCAGUUACAACAUUUUCGUGAGGGUGAAGAUUAUCGUGAUCUGAGCAAAGCUGUUCUAUUCGACUCAACGCUGCUCAUGGAUUUGCAGGGCCGCGUAGAUCAGUUGAAAGUUGAAACGCUAGAAACCAAACGUUUACAUCGCAUCAAUAUUGUCCAUUUACGUCGCAUGAAUACCGAUUUGAAAUUUAUGCGUACCGAAAUAUCACGCCUCGAGGAAUUAAUACGUCAGGAAAUGAUGAAAAAAUUCGGAAUGGUUAUUGACUUGGAUGAACUCGAAGAGGAGGUAUUGCGAAAAUAUGUAUUUGAAUUGGAGACAACAGCUGAAGAUGAAUUAAAUUUGCUGGAACUGGAAAUGAAAAAGAAAAGGACUGAAUUGGCUCUUGCUCAGGAAGAACUUAUCAAAGAGACCCAAAUGCAUUGUGACAAAUUAAAUAUUUUGGCAAUUUUAACGGAAGAAAAAACCUAUUUGGAGCGUUUGCUUUUAUCUCAGGAGAAAAACUAUCAGAAAUGGUCGAAACCACCAAAUUUAAGUGUGGAUAAAGACAUUGAAAAACUCACCGCUAUCGAACGAGAACAAAAGGAGCAAAUUAAGUUUUUGGAACGUGAAAUAUGCACAUUGCGCAUGAAAGCCAAACCUCUGCAAAUAGAUGGCGAAUCUGAUGAACAUGGCAUAUUGCUGGCUCAUCAGGAAAUGAUACCAACUGAUGAACUACGCACCUGUCCCGACAUAUUACAAAGCGAUGACUAUCAGACACGACGCUUGGUCCCUGACGAUUUCAUAAUGGAUCGUUGUCAAAAGGUGGUGCAGAAACUUUUCCUACAACAUUUCGGAAAAAUGACAUCCCGUGAAAACAUUCGCCGUUAUGCAUACAAAGUUACCCGGUACUUGGGCCAAGCUGCAUAUAAUUUUGAAGGUUCCAUAACUGAAGAGAUUAUGAAUUGUAUAAUUGAGAAUCUACAAGAAAUUAUUCCUAAAAAAUAUUUGGUGGUACUGACACGAGACCAUUUGGAGAAAAUGUUUAACGAAAUAUUGGCCGUUUUUGAUUAUGAACGAUCUGAUGUUAAUACCGAGGAUGUGGUAUCGGGAAUAUUUGACAAUGCUCGGGAAGCGCUUAAUCAAGCUACCGGCACAGCGGGCAUAAUGAAUAAAACACAAUUUGUUUUGGUGCAUAUGUUCAAGGAACUGAUUGAAAUAUUACCUUUGGAGGAGUUUCAAAGUGACGACACAGUACGUUUCAUUGCCGAUAAUUUGGAGAAAGAGACAUUUUUUGAUGCUCGUUGUAUAAAUAUUGAAGGACUGGUUGAGAAAGUUGUAGAAUAUGCUAAGGCUAAUUUCUUGGAUGCCAUAACGGCAAUUCCCAUAAGGACAUUGGCAGUGAGAGUGCAAAAGGAAUGUACCAAACGUCGACCACAAUAUGCACUGAGUGUACGCUGUUCUAUUGGUUCUGUUCAAAGUGUGUCGGUAAAAUCGAAAGAUACAAUGCAUUAA